GCACACCUGCACACUGAGGCGGGGUGGUGUCGGUACCAAUCCAGCAGUAUCAUUGAGUGCGUGCACAGUACAGCCGGCGCGAGUCAGCUUCAACAUGAAGUUCCUACACCGUGUAUUUGUGUUCCUUUUGAUAUCGACACUAGUCCUGGAGUCAGAUGCAUGGUUCUGGAGCCGUCGCCGUCGCCGACGCGCACCGGUUCCAGCCUGCUCUACGAUUUCAUCCCCAGUCGGCAGCAAAAAACUCGGCUGUUCCUCCCCCUACUUCGAGGGGGAUUGUUGCUACUACUGGUGCCGUUCUGGGUACACUAAAGUCUCCGGUACUACCACCAAGACCUGUUGUAGUAGUGAGGGCUGGACUGAAUUUGACCUGGUCUGUGAGAGGACAGAUCCCUGCCCUCCGCCACAAGGCGUAAUCUACGCCAAACUUAUCAGUAGCCGCUGCUUCUUUCCCUACACCCACGGGACGACGUGUACCUACCAGUGCCGUGCUGGUUACAAACCUCUCCACCCCGAAAGAACCACCUGGACCAUGACUUGCUCUAAUGGCCAGUGGAUCGGGUACUUCGAGUACUGUAACCGAGAUUACACACAGACGGUGACAUAGGUGAACUGUCGGUGUAAGCCGGGGCAGCACUGGUAACGACGCCGAGCAUACAGGCCCCAGCAGCUGUUGGAUACGCCGGUCGCACUGUGACAUUGGCUAGUAGUAAAACAGCAUAUUAAUAAAUCAUUGCUUUCAUCGUUCAUUCAUUUGUUCCUUUAUCAACCAUUUACUCAAUUCGAUUAUGCUGAAGAAACAUCCUUCUUCCAUUAUUAUGCACGUCGCCUGGUAUUUGCUGAAUGUUAAAACUCUAUCUUAGUAAUACCGCCUACUGCAAGUUCACGUAGCUUUUGAUGUGAUCAGUGCCGACUACGGGUGGGUACCGGUACAGAAACUUCAGGUCCAGGUCCGGUGCAGAGGAUCAGGUCCAGGUCCGGACCUGAA